AUGCCACUCUAUGCCAAGUUCCUGAAGGAGCUGAUGACUAAGAAGAGAAGCUGGAAGAACAAUGAGACUGUGAUACUAACCGAAGAAUGUAGUGCUAUCAUCCAGCACAAACUACCCCAGAAGUUGAAGGAUCCUGGGAGUUUUCAGAUCCCUUGUAUUAUAGGGGAAAUCACAGUAGAGAAGGCCCUUUGUGACUUAGGAGCCAGCAUCAAUUUGAUGUCAGUAACAAUGAUGAGGAAGAUGAAGAUCGAGGAGGCUAAACCAACAAAAAUGGCCUUACAACUGGCAAACCGAUCGUUCAAAUUCCCUCAUGGCAUAGUAGAGGAUUUGUUGGUGAAAGUAGGAGACUUCAUAUUCCCAGUAGAUUUUGUAGUGUUGGACAUGCAGGAGGAAGCCAAGACUUCCAUUAUUCUGGGAAGGCCGUUCUUGGCUACUGCUGGAGCUAUCAUUGAUGUCCAAAAAGGUGAUCUUACCUUGAGAUUACACAAUGAAAAGAUGACAUUCAAUGUGUUCAAGGCCAUGAGUUACCCACCAGAACAAUUGGGGGAAUGCAUGAGGUUAGACGCACUUGAAGAAGAAGUGCAGGAGUGUUUUGAAGAAGAAGAGCAUGAAGAGCCUGAGAGAUCAAUGGAAGAGGAAUAUAUAUAG